AUGGAGUGGAAUCCAGGUGAUUUGAUCUGGUUUGAUCCAGGGGUGGGCCAUUGGAUACCUGGGGAAGUUUUGGAGUGUCACAGGAGUGCUAAUGUCAUCACAGUUCAGGCCGUUAUCAAUGGAAAGGCUCAGACGUUUGCCUUGGCGGAAGGAGAGGGUCAGGUCCGGAGGAGGCAGGACCUAGGCACUGAAGGCGUUGAGGACAUGAUACAACUCAAUGAUCUUCACGAAGCUGCCUUGCUGUGGAACCUCAAACUGCGAUAUGAUAGGAACCUCAUUUACACCUAUGCGGGAAGCAUCCUUGUCGCUGUCAACCCCUACAAAAUGUUCGAUGGCAGCUAUGGGGUUGAGUCAGCGCAAAGAUACAAAGGAAGGAUGAUAGGAGAACUGCCACCACAUCUGUUUGCUUUAGGAGCAGCUGCUUACUCUGCUCUUCCAGCAUCGCAGAUUUCACAGGUCGUCGUGAUAAGUGGUGAGAGUGGUUCAGGAAAGACUGAAUCUACCAAAUUGGUGAUGCAGUACCUUGCAGCUGUAGCACCGUCUGCUCCAAGAGGUCAAGCACUAGUCACAGAACAAAUUUUGGAAGCUGCACCUCUUUUGGAAGCAUUUGGAAAUGCAAGGACAGCUAGGAAUGACAAUAGUUCCAGGUUCGGAAAAUACCUGGAGGUGUACUUCAAGAAUGGAGCAAUUAUAGGUGCCAAAAUGACCCAGUACUUGUUAGAAAAGUCAAGAAUCGUCACGCAAGCUCCAGGGGAGCGGAAUUACCACGUAUUCUACGAGCUCCUUGGUGGACUGAACACAGCUGAACGACAGAAGUAUGGUCUAGUGGAAGCGGAGAAGUAUUUUUAUUUGAACCAAGGUGGUGGCGACUGUGCUCCUGGACAUUCAGGUUCCGGAGCAGACUGGGCAGCUUUAACGAGAGCGAUGGAGGUACUUGGAGUUAGCGAAACAGAACAAGAGGGUAUUAUCAAGAUUCUUGCUUCGGUUCUGCAUCUAGGAAACGUAUAUUUUCACAGGAGACAACUGAGGCACGGUCAAGAAGGAGUCGAGGUAGGCUCCGAUGUAGAAAUCAAGUGGGCAGCGCAUCUUUUACAAAUUUCCGCCUCUGGCCUGCAACGAGCGCUCACGUCCAGGAUCACCGAAGCUCGAGCAGAAAGAGUCCACUCACCGUUGACUAUCGACCAAGCGUUGGAUGCCAGAGAUGCUUUUGCAAAAGCGCUGUACUCGGCUUUGUUUAAUUGGCUAGUGUCAAGAGUAAAUUCAAUCGUCCAAAGAGGUGGCCUGCAUGACGCUGCCAGGAUAUCCAUAUUAGAUAUUUUUGGUUUUGAAAACCUUAACGACAACUCAUUUGAACAACUUUGUAUCAACUUUGCAUCUGAGUCACUACAACUGUAUUUCAAUAAGCAUGUUUUUAAAAUUGAACAACAAGAGUAUGCAAAGGAGAGGCUAGACUGGACCCCACUUAACUGGACUGACAAUACGCCCGUAAUACAUCUACUAGGAAAGAAGCCAGUUGGUAUCUUGCAUCUUCUAGAUGACGAGAGUAACUUCCCCAAGGCUUCUGACUCAUCUUUCUUGGAAAAGUGCCACUAUAACCAUGCACUGAAUGAGCACUACUGUAGGCCUAGAGUAGGUGGCAGAGAAUUUGGCAUUCGUCACUUUGCUGGGCAAGUUUGGUACUCAGUAGAUGGAUUUUUAGACAAAAAUAGAGACGCGUUGAGGCCAGAUGUCAUUGAAUUAUUAGCUUCAAGUAAAGACCCCUUAGUUAGUGCCAUUGCCAAACCUCUAGUUAACAAUGCUCAAACCAAAACACUGCCCAGAGGCACCAAUGGCAGAUUUGUUACUAUGAAACCCAGGACUCCGACAGUUGCAGCAAGGUUCAGCGACAGUUUGCACCAACUGCUGGAGUCUAUGUCAAAGUGUAACCCGUGGUUCAUCAGAUGCAUUAAGCCCAAUAAUGACAAGGCUCCGAUGAAGUUUGACAUGCCAACUGUUUUGGAACAGUUGAGGUACUCUGGCAUGCUCGAUACGAUCAAAAUUAGACAGUCCGGUUACCCAGUUAGGAUGAAGUUUCAUCAGUUUGUUGAUAGAUACAGAUACUUGCUGGCAAGGAUACCAAGAGGAGCACCAUUCAGAGAUCUUUGUAGGUCUAUUCUGGAGAAGAUGCCACACACAGGUACAGAGGGUCCAGAUUACCAACUAGGUGCCACAAGAGUCUUUCUCCGCGAAAACCUUCAACGUCAAUUAGAGGUCAAACGCGGAGAAUCGCUCAAAGAUGCUGCAGUUCUUAUACAGAAACAUAUAAGAGGUUACUUGGCCAGGAAGAGAUACCGAAAAUUGAAGAGGAGCUCAAUCACCAUACAAAAGCAUUGGAAGGGAUAUAGACAAAGGAUGAAGUAUCACAAGAUACAAAGAGGCGUCAUUAAAGCACAAGCUUUAUAUAGGGGCAGACUAGAGAGGAAGAGGUUCGCGAAGAGGAAAGCUGAGUUCAGGAGAAGAGUUGAAGCUGAGAAGGUUGCCAAGGAAAGGGCGAAACAGAGAGCAGCAAGAGAAGCUCAAUUGCAAGCUCAAGCACAGAAAGCUGUCGCAAAAGCACCUAACAAAUCUAAUGUGAGCUACCUUGAGAUACCUGCGGAGCUAGCAUUCAUUUUUUCCAAGUUAGAAUCUUACAACCCUCCACACACUGAGAAGAAUCUCAUGAAAGUACUGGGUGGUAUCAAUGGAUCCCCACCAUCACUUCAAUUGCCAAAUGACCUGGGACAGUUUGAGUUCAACAAAUUUUUGUCCAUCUACUUCAAAGGAGCCGAGCUUCAUAUGAAGAAGGAACCAAUUACGGCUCCAUUUCUGUCGAAAGCUGCAGCAAGAGACCAAGACUUUCAAGAUGCUGUGGCGCUUUUCAAGCUAAUUCUGCGCUGGUCAAAUGAUCCUCAGUUAACUGGCGCUAGGGAAAGAGCUCUGGCUGACUACAUGAUCUACAAAGGAUUGAGCACCAAAGGGCUAAGAGAUGAAUUGUUGGUUCAGUUGUGCAACCAGACGUGGAAGAAUGAUAAUGCCGAGCGAGUCUGGCAACUGAUGACACAUUGUUUGAGCUGUUUUCAACCAAGUCCACCGCUAUACAAGUAUCUCUUGAGGUUUAUUUCGGACUAUGCUCCAGCAGCUUACAAAGAACCGUUGCAAAGAAAACUGACUAGAAGCGUUCAAAAGGCUCCCCAUGCUAGAUCUUUUCCACCAACACUGUUGGAAUGGAGAAGCGUUAGGCAAGGUUGCAAUACUGCUUUGACGCUGACGUUGCCUGACAGGACCAUAUCCACUGUCCAUGUUGACUCCUGGACAACAUGUGAAGAAGCUGCUGCAAUGGCAAUUUCCUCACUUGGUAUACCAUCAACUGGAUGGAGCUUGAUAAUGGACGACUCAGGAGUGAUAUCGGACGGAAAUGGCCUAGACUACGUUAUGGAUUUGGUGUCUGAGCUGGAACUUCCACCUGCGUUCCCAGCCAUAAAAUCUACACUUCUUAAAACUGGAAGUAGAAGACCAGCUUCAGAAGUGGAUCACUCGCCGUCUUCACCAACAAGACCUCAAGUUCCCCCGCCUGAGCCACCAGUUAGUAUGGCGCGUAAGGUGUCCAGGGAAAUGAUGAGAGAUAACAGGCAAUCACCUCCAAUUCAGUCUUCCAGACAUGGAUCUAGAAAAUCGUCCAGAGAUACGAGGGAAUAUUCUAGAUCGCCAAGAGACUCGCCUAUCGCAGCUACCUCACCAGCUGGGAGGAAGACAUCUCACGAUGCUCUAUCCAGAAAUUCGGCACUGAAUGAAAGAUACUUUGAUGCUGAAAAGGCGAGAUCGAGGAGCUUGGACAAUCUCUUGAGUGAGCCCGAGCCAACACCUUUAGCAGACUUAGGACUAAGUCAGUCGUCCAAACUGAACGAGAGGUAUCACUCGAUAGAGCAACUUGCGCCAAUUAAGCCAGUGAUAGCCGCUCAAACUUAUAUGUCCAAACAAGAGAUAGAAUUCGAGUAUCCAGACGUGUCAAGUGUCAGCACUUCUCAUAGAGGAGGGCCAAGAUACAUUAAAUCGUCAUACACAGGCAAAAAGGCGCCCCCUGGCAGUCAGUCAAGUAGAGCAUAUAUUGAGAAAUCUGAGUUUGGAGGAGUGAGGAGCUCAGCGAUGUCUGAUACAAGUGAAGCACCAAGUCUUGCUAGCCAUGUUAGAAGAGUUAGAGUACCCAGUCAAGCGUCAGAUGUAGACCAGUUCCUUGACGAGCUCUUCAGUCCCGUUUUAGAUGGAAAUCUGGACGAAUUGAGUGACGCAAGAUCACUAGCUGCUAGUAUCAAAGGGGGACUAACGAGGACAGGUGAUUUCGACGAAUUUAUUGAUGAAAUUUUUGAAGGAUUGGAUGAGGCUUCGGUGGACAUGUCUUGCGUAGAUCAAAUUGUUGAUAAGAUUAAGGGAGGUGGCCGCAGAUGUAGAAGCAACAGUGAUAGCAGCUCAGUUUUGGACCAGGAAGUUGAACAUAUAACAACACCUGACAGUUCUUCCCGGCAAAGUGUGAACGGAAACGUAGAUGACUACAUCAGUGAUCUAUUCAGACCAAUUUUUAUGAACGAUAGCCUCAAGAAACUCUCAGAAAAAGACAACCUGGUGGACAGCAUCAAAGGAGGAGGAACAACCCAAAACGGAGCCGGUACUUCGAGUUACAACUUUCCUUCAAUACCAGCGCCCAUAGUGAAUCCGGCCUCUCUAAUGAUGCCGAUUUUGAGUCCCACUCAAGAGGGUUUCAUGCCUGUUUUCAAUAUGCCUGGCGUUGGAAUGAACCAAAACGGAACUGAUAUUGCUGCUUAUCAACAAAAUCUGCAACGGGCUUUCCUGCAGUCAGCUAUGGCGCAGAACAUCCAGAUACAGCAGCAGCUCUUGGCCCAGAAUCAGGCAUUACAGCAGCUACUGACUCAGCAAGUACCAGGAGAUAUAAAGCUGACAGAAACCAUUCAAACAACAGUGAAGGCACAGAUUCACACUCAACCAAGUCAGUCGUCUCCAAACAGGAAGCCCAGUUUCAGAACAGGUGCAGUUAACCGGAAAUCGAGCUCGCCAAACAGAAAGGCAAGCUCCGAGUCAAAUGUGAGCAUCGCCAGUAAAAAUGGAAUCCCCCCACCACCUCCGCCUAUGCCUCCACCGUUGAUUGGUACUGAUCCCAGUGAAGCUAGGCCUUUCAUGGAUCCGUAUGGGCGUGCCAAAACUGUACGGAUAGGAAAAUGGAGGUGGCCGCCGCCCAAGGACGGAAACACGCAAGAAAACGGCGAGGAUUUCAUGCACUUCAAAAUGAGACAGCACCAACGAAAAGUAACUCCAAACAAGGACCAAUCGCUUACGAUGUCCAAUGGCUAUAGCAGUGGGAAUUUUAAGUCCGAACAUAUGAAUGGUCACACCAAUGGGAACUAUAGCAAAGUUGAUUCAUCGGCUGCAGAAUGGGACGAGAUGGAAGUAGAGCCGAUGCUCAGAGGCAACGAGAGGAUGAGUAAGACCAGCUCUAAGAGGUGCUUUGAAAUUGGUGCUGCUAGGCCGUCACCAGGUAGCAUAGGUAAGCUCAAGCUGAGCUCUGAAAUGAGGCAAAGACUGGAACUGGUCACAGCUAACCAUUCGGUCAGAUCUACUAGUAGCAAAGUAGAUAAACCUUCUAGAAGUGUGAACAAACUGGAAGAUACGAGAAAAAUGCUUUUGGAGCAGCAGUUAGCUGGCAGAUGGGGAGACGACUCACAGGAUACCAGCGGGAAGUCUAGUCCAGAAAUAUUGCAGCAUAUAUCUCACAACGGCAAGCAGUCCCCGACAAGUCAGAGCUGGGCUAGCUCCAACUGGAAGCCAGGACCCCCACCCCCACCGAUAGGUCCCAACUCUCUCCCUCCAGCUCCUCCUGGACCUGCACCACCGCCUCCAGUGAGGCCAAACCAACCACCACCUCCCGUUGAACCAGUAAGAGAGUCCUCCUUCAUGGCCCAGAGGCAGGACAGGGACACCUUUGGAGUCCAUCAGAACCGCGUCCAUGCGCAGAACAAUUCCAAGAGGAAUUCGUUCAGUGCCAACUGGGAUGUACAGAGUAGUGUGACUCAAGGAACGACUGAUGAUGGAUGGGGUAAAGACGAAGUUGACAAGAACGGACUGAGGAGGGACAGCUGGGAACUGGCCGAAACGACGACCAACACCUCCACAGAGCCAAGACACAUGACAGAAAUAUGGGAUAGAGAAGAUUCGAAGUACGAGAAGAGGAAUGGCAGAAAAGAAGAUAUGAUGAGAGGUCAUGAGGGUUCUUCGGAGAGGCCAACGUUCAGGUCGCACAUGUUCAGCAAGAACGCGCACGAUAGAGAGAAAAAACAUUCUAUAGCGUCAACGCAAGCGACGGACAAGACCGAGAAGAACGAAGUGCAAGAAUGGCCCGAAUUCAUGCGCCCCAUCAAAACGCCGCCAUCGAAGUCACCGAUACCAACACCACAACCACAACAGGAGAAAAUGGAGUCCCCUAAUACCGCUUCCAGACUACUACCUCUAGGUACAUCAGCCUGUGUGACUUACAACCGCGUGUCAUGGCUACUACGAGUUCGGAAAGAGGUGUUUUCACCAUCAGAGCCCCUAGGACCGCCAACAGCGCUCCAUUUGGUCUUCUGUCAGAUUGUGGGAGAUGUGUAUGGACUAACACCCUGUAUAAGGCUGAACCAAGCUGAGAAGAGAGCUGGGGUGAACAUGCUGUCUGGGUACGGGGUAACAGCGGAGAACUACAACAGCUCGUCACAUAGGGCUAAUGUGAAGAGGAAUGUUGUAGAGCUGGCUAGAAGUUGGCCGCUGUACUUUGCUAGGAUGUUCACGGUAUCCGGGGCAGCACAGCUGUCUGAUGUACAAAUUCUAGCAGUCUCUCAUUGGGGUGUCCAUUUUGUGAAAAAAGAACAGAAUCAACUGCACAUCCUUAGAUCCUUUGGCCUUGGAGAGAUUAACUCAUGUGCAGCUCCCAGACCAACUAGCAUCAUUUUGGAUGGUGCACAAGGAAGGUUAACACUACACACACCCAGGGCGCAACAGCUAGCGGAGAUGGUGUCACGCUUUUGUGCCGAGUACAGAAAGAUGCAGCUCAAAGCAUCAAGAGAUGCUCCAUCAGCUCUAAGAACGCGGUCACCACCACUUGAGAGGUUGGAGAUGAUUACUUCGAACUCGAAACCUAAUAGAGAACAGGAACAUCGUGCUAGGUCCCCGCCUCCAAGAAGCGAAGGGGCACAGUCACCAAACAGUCCAACGCCACCAAAUGGGAAAUAUUCCUUCAUGCAGUUUGCGAUGCAGAACUUCAGGCAGGCUGUAGAUCUGGAUAUGCUGAAAAUGGACUCACCAACAAAGUCGAAGGAGAAACGGAAAGAAUGGACGUGGAAGCAACAGACGGACUUAGUGAAAUGGCAAGGCACACCCAUCGAUGGACCUUUACUAAGGCUGGAGGACCCAGAAUUGUCAUCUUUAGCUAUUGAAUGUUUCGAGUGUAUAUUGAGGUACUGUGGGGAUCUGCCUCUAACGCCCGAGAUGUCUGAGGUGAAGUGUGUGUAUACCGUUCUUAUGCACUGUCAUAAACAUGCACCGCUUCGAGACGAAGUAUAUUGUCAGCUGAUGAAGCAAACUACAAGCAACAAGUCAGAUCAUCCCGAGUCGUGUCAACGAGCUUGGAGGUUGCUGUCAAUCGUGGCGGCUUACUUUGCUUGCUCUGACCACCUGUUGCCUGUGCUCAUGGAACACCUUACCAGUGCUGCCAAUGACAGGAGGAGAAUUUGCCAUGGCACAGCCGCAGUAUGUCUGUCGAAUUUGAGGAAGACGCAACGUUGUGGAGGAAGGAAAAACGUUCCAUCGGUAGAGGAAGUAACAGCUGUGAGUGCUGGAAGAAGUGCAAGAAGGCAAAUCUAUCGAUUGCCAGGGGGUGCAGAGAGAGUCGUCAAUACCAGGUGCAGUACAGUAGUUGCAGACGUGAUAAGUGAACUCUGCACACUGAUCGGCAUCACUAACGAGGCAGAACAACAAGAAUUCAGUUUGUACUGCAUAGUUCAAGGAGAUGCAUUCACCAUGCCAUUGGCAGCAGACGAAUACAUUUUGGAUGUGACUACGGAACUGCAUAAGGCUGCACAACCAUUCUAUUUGAUCUUCUGCAGGUCCGUAUGGUACCAUCCCCUAAAACACGAUGCUAGUCCACUCUACACGGAAGUCCUUUUCAACCAAGUAGCUCCAGACUACUUAGAAGGCCUAUUGCUCCGAUUAGGCAAUCCCAAUCUUCCCCCAAGCGUCGUUAGAGAUAUGGCCCUUAUUGCAGCUCUUCUUCAUCGAGCUGCAGAUCUUAGUCACCCACCUAGUCUAAAGGAAGUCAAGUUCCUCUUACCAAAGCCUGUUCUAAGCCUAAGAGAGCCCAGACCACCUCAGUGGUUGGCUUUGGUUCAGACAUCUUGGGGUCAGGCAGCUGGUUUGUCUGUAUCAAGAGCAAAGCAUAGAGUUCUGCAGGUAUUGAGCAACUGGUCGCUCUUUGGAAGCUCAUUCUUUGCAGUCAAAAGGGUUAUGGGUGAGAAUGACAACUGGCAAGAGCAUAUCCUGGCUCUAAACAGAAACGGGGUUCACUUUUUGGACAUGGUUACGCAUGAAACAAUCCACCACUGGCCAUUUACUGAAGUGAUCAGCACCAGGAAGGUUAGAUCUGAAGAUGGAGCGCUAUUCUUGGAUAUGAAAUGCGGAAAUCUACUGCAGCAACGAGUCACUAGGUUGCAGACAGAACAAGCUCAUGAGAUUUCGAGACUAGUUAGGCAAUAUAUCAAUUUGGAACAAGAGAAUUUGAUGAGAAACCGCCAUCAUUGAGUCGGUACGACCAGUAUAGUCAAGCGAGUUAGUUUUAGGAUAAUUGUAUAUAAUAUAUGAGUUUAUGUAAGAUAAGACCCUAUUUUUUCUAUAUUGUAGUGUUGUGGAUUACAUAUUAUAUUCUUAUACCAGAAAUCAGCUCACUGUAAUUAUCACCAUUAUCUUAGGUAUGAAAGAUGCAUGUAUCUUCGUUCUCCAGUCUAAGAAAUAGAGGCGCUCAAUGAAUAAUGAGGAUACGGAAAUAUAUCUCAAGUAUUUUCCUGAUAAAUUCGAUGUUAGGCAUUGCGAUGUAAGGUCGGAUACAAUCCCCUUUCAUUUUCGUGUUACCUGUAAGUCUGUAUAAUGCUGCAAAAAUGUUUUUUGGAUGCUUCUUCGGCCUACAUGGCGAAAAUGCGAAAAACGUUAGAAAUUACGAACCAUAUGUCUCACAUGUUCAGUUCUGUUUACUUAUAUACCUGUUAAAUGUUAAUGGUGUUUGUAUUUAAUAAAUAAUUAAUAUUUUUAUAA